AUGAAAACAAUCUAUAAAAAACGUGCCCAGUAUACACAAAUUAAUAAUAUAAUGCAAGAUUUGAAUGUGAUAGAUUUCCACACGUAUCUCAGAUUAGACAACGAAAUACUACAAAUGUUGUUGGAGACGGUGGGCCCUGAAAUACAACGUAGUAACACACUUAUGCCAAUUUUUAAUAGUACUGAUUCACCAGAAUCAUUAUUGGAUCGAGAAGAAACAAUGACGGGGAAUGUAAUAUCAGGAGAUUUUCGUAAUUACUACCAAUUUUUAGAUAAUGAAGAAAACUACCUUUUUUUAAUGAACAAGGCCAUGUGA